AUGGCUGAAAGCAUGCAAAACGGCGUCUUCCGGCGUAACAACACGACAGCCCCUGCGGAUAAUGGGGUCAUGUCUCUCUUCUCCCUAAAGGGCAAGACGGCAAUCAUUUCAGGCGCAGGAGGGGGAAUCGGUCUCGCUGCAGCCAAAGCAUUCGCCGAGGCGGGUGCUAAUGUGGCGAUCUGGUAUAAUACGAAUCAAGAGGCUAUUGAAAGGGCAGCGGGAAUUGAGAAAGCGUUCAACAUCAAAUGCAGAGCGUAUCAAGUCAACGUAACGUCUUGCGACGAAGUAGAAGCAGCGAUGGAGAAGACUAUCCAAGAAUUUGACGGCCGCCUUGAUGUGUUUGUCGCCAACUCGGGCGCUUCGUGGGGCGAUGAAACAUUCAUUGACGCAGAUAUUCAGAGAUACCACAAUCUCAUGAAGAUCAAUGUUGACGGAGUGGUCUAUUGCGCACGUGCUGCUGGCAAACACUUUCGGAGACAAAAGAAGGAGGGAACAACUCUAGAUGGAUCGCAGCUGAGUAACUUUUCUAGUGGUAGCUUCAUUGCCACCGCCAGUAUGUCCGGACAUAUUGUCAAUAUUCCUCGGCGCCAGGCAGCGUACAAUGCUUCCAAAGCGCAUAUUAUCCACUUUUGUAAGUUAGCCCACGCAAGAACUCAUCUCCAAAGACAGGAUUCUCUGACGCUCAGUUAUCCUGGCAAAGGCAAAUCGCUUUCUAUCGAGUGGCUCGGAUUUGCCAGAGUAAACAGCGUCUCUCCGGGGUUCGUUAACACCGGCUUGUCUGGCUCUGUGGCUGAAGAAGUUAUGGAUUCCAUUAAAGAUAAAAUUCCUAUGGGACGUUUUGGCGAGACGGUGGAGAUGCAGGGAAUCUACCUAUAUCUAGCUUCUGAUGCCUCUUCUUAUGCAACUGGGGCUGAUUUUAUCGUUGACGGUGGCUACACUGCUCCGUAA